ACGUCGGAUCUGCUCGAGUGGUACGAUCAAGACGUGAUGGAUGCAACAAUGACCGCUCUGAAGGAGUUCCAAGAACGCGACAGCGGCUGGGCGUUGACGCAGAUACAGAACCUCACAGUGAAUGUGAACAGUCAUAAUCCGAUGCGCGCGGGAUGUCAGGUCCAGAUGCCGCUGGUCGCCGCGUUGUAUCCAAGUGCCACAAAUCCUCAACAAAAAGCACAGUAUCCCGCGUACGCGAGUGUAUUGAACUUUGAUGGAAUAGAGUUUUCAAUGACAUUGCAUCAAAUCGCGCGUUUCGAAAGCAACAACAACGUGUCUGUAAACGUGUUUACGGCGGCGGAACAGGGAUAUAGAUACGUGCUGCUGCAACUCACAUCGAUCAAGAAGGACAAGCAUGUGAAUUUGUUGUAUGUUCCCGAUCACCACGAUGGACAUGUGGGACACUUCGGAUGUCUACACUACUUCCACACGAGCGAGAAGCUGGCGGAACACAUCGUGGAUUGUGAACAAUUGAACAACAGUGCAAUCGUUCUUCCCGCUAAGGGAAAGAACCGUUUGAGAUUUGAGAAUUACAACAACAAGGAACGUGUUCCAAUGGUGGUGUACGUUGACUUGGAGUGCGUACUCAAGAAACAGGACGAAGAGCAGAACGCAUUGAGCGCGCACAAGUACCAAAGACACAGUGUGUUCAGCAUCGGUUAUUACGCAAGCUGCGAGCACAUCGACAUCGGAUACAGAUCUCAUAGAAGCGAGAUCUGCGUGCAGUGGUUCGUGAACGAACUGUACGAUCUUGCAAAACGUGCGAAAACCUUGUUCGUGAAAAACGCGCUCAUGGUUUACGUUCCCGUUGUGUUCCACGACUUGUCAGAAUACGACGCGCAUUUUAUUAUCAAGGAUGUGGCCACCGCUUUUGAGGCUGAGAUCACCGUGCUGCCCGUGACGAAAGAGACCUACAUAUCGUUCACGAUACAUGUGAACAGUACGCGGGACAAAGACAAUCAGAGCGAACUGCGUGUGACUCGAACGGAAUUCAGCGAUCUCUCCGCCAAGGACUUUGAACUGCUAACGCAAAAAGGUGUGUUUCCAUAUAAAUAUGUGGACAACGUCGACAAAUUGUUGGAAACAAGUCUGCCACCGCGCGAGGCGUUUUACAGUUCACUGACCGGUGAGACUGUGACGGAGAGCGAGUACGCGCACGCGACGAACGUCUGGCAACGAUUCAACAUCGACAAUUUGGGAUCUUACAGCGACCUGUAUCUGAAGACAGACGUACUUUUGCUAGCUGAUGUAUUAGAAAUUUUUUGUCGCGAGUGCCUCGCGAGUUACGGACUGGAUCCCGCGCGCUACUACACGCUGUCAGGAUAUACAUGGGACGCCAUGUUGAAGUAA